AUGAUGAAAACUUUAUUGGAUAGACAGACAGAUGAAAAUAACGAAUAUAUACUUGCUUCGAAGAACCCAAGACGAGCAAUCGUAUAUCAAGAUUUCCUAUGGUCUUAUAUGAUCUUACAAGAUCUUACAAGAUUUUAUUCCAGUACUUGGUUUGAUAAUGUCAACUGUACAACGCGUCGACAUGCAUUAGAUAUAUCGAACAAAUUAGAAUUAUUACGUUUAGCAUCGACAUACACGGAAAAGCUUGCAGAAGAAGACAAAAUUGAAUUCGUUCAUCAUUUGACAAUAUCAAGAAAAAUUCGAUCAUAUUAUGCUGAAGACGUUGAGGCCAAAUCAUUAAAUGAAAUAACAAAUGUUAAGCUAUCAGCAAACGAUAAAAAUAUAACAGAAGCAGUAUUAAAUGGAGCAAAAUACAAAACCUUUAUAAAAACCAAUGUUAAAGGUGUUCGAUAUUCCACAGUAGAGGAUCCAUAG